AUGAUGCCUGGCCAGCGACUGCAAGGCUGCCGCUCCCUGCACUUCAACGAGGACAACGGCCGCUUCGUGCUGCUCGCCGUCCUCAUCAUACUGUACCUGCUGUGCGGCGCUGCGGUCUUCUCGGCCAUAGAGAGGCCCUCGGAGCUGCGGGCUCACGGCCGCUGGAACGGGACGCUCCUCAACUUCAGCGAGACCUUCAACAUCAGCCUGCAAGACCUCAACUCCUUCCUGCGGGAGUACGAGGCUGCCAUCGCCGCCGGGAUCCGGGCUGAUGCUCUGAGGCCACGAUGGGAUUUUACAGGGGCUUUUUAUUUUGUUGGAACUGUGGUGUCGACUAUAGGUUUUGGGAUGACAACACCUGUGACAGUUGCAGGCAAGGUGUUCCUGAUCUUUUAUGGGCUUCUGGGCUGUGCUGCCACCAUCCUCUUCUUUAACCUUUUCCUGGAGCGCAUCAUCACACUGCUGGCCGUGGUGAUGAAAGCUGUGAGGGAGCGGCGAAUCAGGAACAGUGGUAUCCUUCCACCAGGCAUCCGCCAUGAUUUCUCAGCCUACUCCCUCCCAGGCUGGAAGCCGUCUGUGUACCAUGUGAUGCUGAUUCUCGGCCUGUCAGCCAUCACUAUCUCCUGCUGUGCAUCAGCCAUGUACACCCCCGUGGAGGGUUGGGCGUACUUGGACUCGCUCUACUUCUGCUUUGUCACCUUCAGCACCAUCGGCUUUGGGGACUUCGUCAGCAGCCAGACCGCGGCUUACGAAUACCAAAGCCUCUACAGGGUCGCCAACUUCCUCUUCAUGCUAAUGGGUGUGUGCUGCAUCUACUCGCUCUUUAACGUCAUCUCUAUUGUCAUCAAGCAGGUGCUCAACUGGAUGCUGGAGAAAAUGAGCUGCUUGUUUUGCCAGCGCUGCAAUAAGGCCAACGCCUUCCUGGGCAGACGCAAUGCCAUCCGCCCGGGCUCCAAGCGUCGCAAGGGUCGGCUUGGCAAGCCGCCCGACUCUGAUGGACCUUGUGACAGUGACACUGAGGGGCGCAGACUAUCGGGGGAGAUGAUCUCUAUGAAAGACCUGGCAGCCUCCAACAAGGUGUCGCUGGCCCUCAUGCAGAAGCAGCUGUCUGAGUCGGCCAACGGAUAUCCCAGGACAGUCUGUGGCAGCUCACGCCAUAAUGGUUUCUCUGGGGGGGUUGGUGCCCUCGGUAUCAUGAACAACAGGCUGGCAGAGACAAGUAACUCCAGGUAGAGGGUAGAGGACCUUGUGAGAUA